AUGCUGAAAGUGGGAUGGUUAUUGUGUCGAUCUCUGUAUAGCGAGAAGUUUUCGUGUGCUAUUACACUGGAGGAACUGAAGAAGCAAGCGAAUUCUGUGGUCACCAGUAUUGCAGGUCAUCCGUGCUCACAGAAACGGUUCUUUGAGGAGUCCACGAAACGUGUCAGUUCACAAAAUAGCACUCUGAGGAAAAUACGCUACACGAGUCUAAGAAGUCUGACCGAAGAACAACCGCAAGCCAUUGAGGAAAUCAAGGAUUUUUGGGGUACGAUGUGGAACUUCGGAAUGGCAAAGUAUGAUGAUAUCCAGCACAACGAAUAUCUGGAAGAAUUCGUUCCAGGUGAUGAAGUGGAUCAUACUUUUCCCUUUGAAGCGGAAUUCGGGAAAAUAGUCUCCUAUUUGCCCAACUGGAAAGCAGCAGGGCUUGAUGGAGUUUAUAACUUCAUUAAGAAGUGCACCUCUUUGCAUCCAUACCUGCACAAAAUAGCAAGAAGGAUUUGUCUGGAUGGGACGGAACAGAAUCCGUGGUUCUAUAAAAGCAUUACCUAUCUGAUUCCAAAAGGUGUCCAAAGUAAAGGCAGCAACUUCAGGCCAAUAACUUGUAUGUCGAACCUCUACGAGUUAACAACGAAAUGUAUGGCACACGUCAUGUAGUU